GUCCUGCAAGAUGGUCGGUCUGUGAGCAGCCUAAGAAAUCUAAACGUCAACUUGGAACCGGUUUCAAUUUUCAAUCUGUUCAAUAUGUUUCGUGAUCUGACAGUGACACGAAUUUCAGGCAGGUGUAAAAAUUGCAGGUGGCAUAGAAAUUAAUGAAAAGAGAAAAAAUACCUGCUCAACACAAAAUUUGAGGACGUGUUUUCUAUUUUUAAUCUUAUAAAAUUCAAAACUCUCCAAGAUCGACGCAAUGCUUGCAAUACAAUGAAAAAGGCGUGAUAUUCAAAACCAAAGCUCUUCAAGAAUAUCGAAGUCUAUCGAGAAUUUCCAGGAAGUGGAGACAGGAAGACCUAAAAAUGUCGUGCUCAGCCAUUUACAUCCUGGAUGUUAAGGGAAAGGUCUUAAUAUCCAGAAACUAUAGAGGAGACAUAGACUUGGGUGUGAUAGAAAAGUUCAUGCCUCUUCUCAUGGAAAAGGAAGAAGAAGGAUUACUAACACCAAUUUUACAGACAACAGACUGCACUUUUGCCUACAUUAAAACUAAUAAUCUAUACAUUGUUAGCACCACAAAGAAGAAUGCAAAUAUUGCUUUAGUGUUUGUGUUUUUACAUAAGAUUGUUCAAGUUAUGACAGAGUAUUUUAAAGAACUGGAAGAGGAGAGUAUUAGGGAUAACUUUGUUGUUAUAUAUGAGUUAAUGGAUGAACUGCUUGACUUUGGAUAUCCUCAAACAACUGACAGUAAGAUACUCCAAGAAUAUAUUACACAAGAAGGACAUAAACUUGAAAUACAACCUCGUAUUCCGGUAGCUGUGACUAAUGCAGUAUCAUGGCGCUCUGAAGGAAUAAAAUACAGAAAGAAUGAGGUAUUUCUUGAUGUAAUAGAGUCAGUGAAUCUGCUUGCAAAUGCAAAUGGAAAUGUUUUGAGAAGUGAGAUUGUAGGAGCUAUAAAAAUGAGAGUAUACUUAUCUGGCAUGCCUGAAUUAAGAUUGGGACUCAAUGACAAAGUUCUCUUUGAAAGUACAGGCAGAGGGAAAUCAAAAUCAGUUGAACUGGAAGAUGUUAAGUUCCACCAGUGUGUAAGAUUAUCUAGAUUUGAAAUUGACAGAACUAUAUCUUUCAUACCUCCAGAUGGCGAGUUUGAGCUCAUGUCUUAUAGAUUGAAUACACAUGUUAAACCAUUGAUUUGGAUUGAAUCUAUCAUAGAAAGGCAUGCUCAUAGUAGGGUUGAGUAUAUGAUAAAAGCUAAAUCUCAAUUUAAAAGACGUUCUACUGCUAACAAUGUUGAGAUUGUCAUUCCAGUGCCUCAUGAUGCAGACUCUCCAAAGUUCAAGACAACUAUAGGUAGCGUCAAAUAUGCUCCCGAACAAAAUGCAAUCACAUGGACCAUCAAAUCAUUCCCUGGAGGUAAAGAAUAUCUGAUGAGAGCUCAUUUUGGCCUACCAAGUGUUGAAUGUGAAGAUACAGAGGGCAAGCCACCAAUCCAAGUCAAGUUUGAGAUUCCCUAUUUCACGACAUCUGGCAUUCAAGUCAGAUAUUUGAAGAUUAUUGAGAAGAGUGGAUAUCAGGCGCUACCUUGGGUGCGAUAUAUCACACAGAAUGGAGAUUAUCAGCUUCGUACCAAUUAGUAGGCUCUAGCUCUACCAAUCAAAAGCAUUAUAAUGUAUUUAUGAUUGUCGAUUAUUGUAUUCUUUAUUAAAUCUUUAUGUUCAUAAUUGCUUUUUAGUACACUAUACUUCUAUAUAUAAAUUUUACAUUAUUGUUACUCUUUACUGACUUGGAAAUAUGUUGAGAAAAUUAGAUACAAAUUGUACAUUUCGUUCGUUAUAUUGCAUUUACCUGCUGAAAAUGAAUAAUAUAUUAAGC